AUGUUUUCUGAUCAAUUGAGAAAUGUCGGCUCCCCUGUCAACAAUCAUUGUCUGGUCCUUCAGUUGAUCGCUGGUCUCCCAGAAGCUUACCACAGUGUUGCUACUUUGAUUCGCCAGAGAAACCCUUUUUCUGCAUUCUAUCAGGCUCAUUCCAUGCUCACUUUGGAAGAAAUCGGUAUGGCUAAGAUGGCAAACACAGGCUCUCAUGCUGCUAUGCGCACCACUCAGCCGAAACCUACUGAAGACACCUCUCAGCGUGGCAACCGCCGCCCCGACAACCGUUCUCGCUCCCGUGGCAACCAGGGUCGCGGAGAGGGACGUGGUAACCGCAAUGAACCUCAGUUUGGAGCUCCCAGCGUUCCCUCACCUUGGUCUGAUCCUCCUUGGCAACAACAACAACAACAGUACCCAACCUGGCAACCAUGGGGUUGGACUCCACCACCAUGGAUUAUGCCAAUGUGUCUGUAUCCCACCUCUCAGUGGACACGCCUGUAA